AUGAAGAGGAAUUCUGCGCCAUCGGGAGAUCAACAACCCAAGAAACAGCCUACAAAUGAGGUGGGGAAAGUCAAGUCUCUUUUCAACGCCAAGAUUUGGGAUCCCAAGUUCCAGAAGGACCUAAGACAGGAGAUCCACGACUCCAAGCCUUACAAUUGGGGUACUAUCCGCGAUCUGGUCGACGAUGACCUUCUGCGCGCCGUGAGGAAAGAGGUUGAAACACAAAUCCAUUUUACGAAGAAGGAGACAGACAUUUACAAAGUCAACCAGAGUGGAGAUUUGGCCAACCUUUCGGGUCUAGACUGGGAGGAUCUUUCGCGUCUGCCCAACCUGUGCAAGCUGCGUGAGAUCUUGUACUCUGAAGUGUAUCGGGACGUGAUUUCGUACGUCACUGGCGCGGGUAAAUUAUCUGGCUCCAAGAUGGACAUGUCUAUCAACACCUACACAAAGGGCUGCCACCUUCUAACGCAUGACGAUGUGAUUGGCUCUAGAAGAGUCAGUUUCAUCUUGUAUCUCCCAGAUCCUAACACGCGUUGGAAGGACCACUACGGUGGAGGGCUGCGUCUCUUCCCAAGCAUCGUUGCGAACGUGCCACACAGUGACCACAGCGCCAAGCUGGUCCCUCAAUUCAAUCAAAUCGCAUUCUUCCAAGUGCAGCCUGGCUUUUCUUUCCACGAUGUCGAAGAGGUUCGCGUAAACAGACAUCGUCUGUCGAUUCAGGGCUGGUACCAUAUCCCACAAGAGGGCGAAAAAGGCUACAUCCCAGGAGAAGAGGAGGAAUGGGUUAAAACAAACACAAGUACGCUAGCACAAUUGGAGUCUAACGUGUUGCAAGAUUACGAGUUCCCCAAGGGAGAGAGAGAUGUUUUGCCGCCUCAUCAGAUAAAACAUUUUGAAAAUCUCCUGCAUAACCAGCCUGCCAACCAAGAAGCUGAGAAUGAAGCCACUGAGCAGCCAUUGCCCGACAUGAGGUUCCUGACCAAGGAAGAAAUGAAGUUCCUGUCGAGCUUUGUGAGCCCUGAAUAUCUGACACCUGAAGGCAUCUCAAGACUCCAGACACAGUUUCUUGAAAAGUCGCAUCUCCAGAUUGAAGACUUCCUUAACGAUGAGAGAUCAGACCUUCUGAAAAAACUGAUCAAGAGAGAUGAGUUUGAGAAGGAUUGCCCAUACGAAAGCGUUAACGUUGAGAGACCAUGGAAAACCGCAAUGCCGCCUCAUAAGUGGAGAUACCUGUACAUUGAUGGUAAGUCUCAUGAGAACUUCCGCAAUGAACAAGACAUCCUCGAUAAUCUGAACAAUGAAGAGAGGCCAAAUUAUGUCCUUCUCAAGCAAACCUUAGACAAGUCGAAGCAUGACACAGAAACGGAACUAAUAACUGUUGCAGAAUUUCUACAAAGCACUGCUUUCAAGAAAUAUCUUGCUUUGGUCACUCUCCUAUCGCCAAUAAGUGAACAGGUCCUAAUUAGACGUUUCCGCCCCGGAAAAGAUUUUACGUUGGCCACCCAGCUCAACAAAAAUGCGUUAUUAAAGGAUGUCGAGGGGCUUGUUGAUGCAGUCCUCGAGGGGACUCUGUGCCUGACCCCAAGCAAUGGAUGGGAAUCCGGGGAAGUCGGCGGUUACGAAUUGUAUAUGGACAACCAAGAAGAGAGCGAAAACAUGGACAAAGACAUUGAAGACGCAGCUGUCUACAAGAGCGAUGAUACAGGGGACGCUGUGUUGAUCAACAAGCCACCUAGCUGGAACUCCUUGAACCUUGUUCUGAGAGAUGAAAGUGUUUUACAAUUCAUCAAGUAUGUAAGUUGGUCCGCAAAGUCCAGUCGCUGGGACAUCACUGCGCAGUGGGACGUCAAGGCUGUAGACGGUGACGACAAAUGA